UAAGAAGUCAAGUUAGUAACUUCGGAGGCGAGUAACAUAUAUCAGACUACACGAGACCUUAGCAUCCAAAAUCUAUCACUAUGUCGCGUGAUUUGAUUGGAGGUCUUUUGCUAAUUGCUGCUUUACUGCAAAGCGCCGUCGGACUACAAUCCAAAGAAGAUUGCCUUUUGCAAGUUGAAGAAGGAACGUGCAAUGACAACAUCCAGCGCUAUUACUACAAUACAAUCACUCAACAGUGUGAAGAAUUCAGCUAUAGCGGUUGUGGAGGAAACGCAAACAACUUCAAAUCCUUUUUGGAAUGCCGAAAAGCAUGCUUCAGGAUACCAAAAGUUCCCCAAAAAUGUCGUUUUCAAAUGGAAGAGGGGCCCUGCCGUUCCCUCUUCAAGCGUUAUUUCUUCAAUAUGACCUCCAUGCAGUGUGAGUCCUUCUCUUAUGGUGGCUGUCAAGGCAAUGACAACAACUUUCAAAACCUUCAGGAAUGUAUGGAAUAUUGCAGAUAUUUACCUUCUAAAAAAAUCAAUGUGAUUUGCAAUGAAAUUUUGGAUGAAGGAAAUUGCUUAGCUUCCAUACCAAGGUAUUACUACAACUCUACUACGAAGACUUGUGAGGAGUUCACAUACACAGGAUGUGGAGGAAGCAACAAUAACUUCACCUCUAGACAAAGCUGUAUGGAUGCUUGUAAAACUGGGAGAAAAAGGUUGAGUCCCAAAGUUUCCAAAGGAUACCCAAGACGAGUAAUGGCCCAGCCACCAAGGCAGAAGUCAGCCAAAUAAUGGUUCAUGAAGUCAUUGGCACUGUACUGACAAAGAUAAUUGCACUGAUUUUACAGUAUUGCAGUUAAAGGCAGCUGUUUAUACACAUCUUACUCUGUGCAUAUAUUAUAUUGAUUGUUAAAAGUUUAAUAUUCUCAUGUAUUUUUAUGCAUUUUUAAAAAUUGAUUUUCAGUAAAGAAUGUACUAUUUUU